GCUAGAAAGUUUACGUCUUUUUUCCACAGAUUAAAAGAACAUCGUACCAUUCAACAUGGCAGCAUAGCAGUGAUGUCGCCCAAAUUUUUAUCAUUCUCUUAACCAAACCAACAUGGCUGUAAAAAUGGAAGGGCCGCUUACCAAGUGGACAAAUGUUGUUCAAGGUUGGCAAUAUCGUUGGUUUGUUCUUGAUGAAUUUACUGGUCUUUUGUCGUACUACACGUCAAAAGACAAGAUGAUGAGAGGAGCCAGACGAGGUUGCUUAAGACUGAAGGGUGGAAAAAUAGGAAUAAAUGAUGAAGAUGACAGCACAUUCACUAUAACUUGUGACCACAGAACAUUUCAUUUUCAAGCACGUGAUGCUGAAGAGCGGACACAAUGGGUAAAAUGUUUAGAAGAAACCAUAACAAGCCACACAAAUGGCGGCUUAAUUGGUUCAUCUGGAGUUUAUUCAAUUCCAACUGAAGAGGAAUUAAAUCGUCGCAUGCAAGAAGCAGAAGCUUAUUUCCGCAUUUUAACGCGACAAGUUAAGCAACUUGAAUCUCAGAUUAAUCACUCAAACAAUUCAAAAUCAGAGCGUUCAAUGAUGUUAAAGGACUCUCUAACUCAAAUGAUUGAAACUAUGGGUCAAACCAUUGAACUUCUACAUGACGCAAAGAUAUCUCUUGCUAAAAAGGUACCCGUUCCAGUUGUAUCUUCACCACACCUUAACAAGACAACAAAACCUCCACUCCAACAAAAGUCUUCUGACUUAAGUGAAAAGUCAUUGGAACAAAAUAGUAGUGAUAUCAGUUGUUCUCCAACUCGCUCAGUCAAAUCUCGAAGCAGUAGUGGCACAGAUAAUGUUGAAGUGGCUUGUGAGGCAACAGAAAGUGAAAAUCAGAUAACAAAAACAGAAAAACAAGCAUUGGAAGAAUGUAAUAAACACGCACAAGAAUUAAAUUACAUAAACCUUGAACACUCUGACACUAAUUAUGCUCCUGCUAUUGUUCCUAUUAGUUCUUACACGAGUAGCGAUGAAGAAGACAUUGACGAGUUUUAUGAUGCGAAUGAACAGUUUAGUGAGAUAACUGUUGAAGAUAUAGAAAAUAGUUUAAAAUUGGAAGAAGAGCAAUUAUACUCUAAAACAAAAACAUCUGAUAACGAUUUAAUUGAUUUAAAUUUGAUAGAACAAGAAGAGAAAACAGAUGAAGAGGAAAAAAGUAUAGAAAAUCAGAAAGAAAUAAGACAAUCACCUGAUUCAAUUUCAACAGAAUCUGAUGAAUUUGAUAAAGAUGAUCAAAAUACUGAUGAUGAAGAAAGUGAUGACAUGCAACAACAUGGCUCUGUCAUUACUCAUUUACUUUCGCAAGUCAGAAUAGGGAUGGAUUUAACCAAGGUUACACUACCCACUUUCAUUUUGGAGCGUCGGUCACUGCUUGAAAUGUAUGCUGAUUUUUAUGCCCAUCCUGAUUUGUUCAAAGGUGUUCCUGAUUUGGCAGAUCCGGGUGAUCGUAUGAUUCAAGUUCUACGAUGGUAUCUUUCAUCAUUCCAUGCCGGUCGUAAGGGUUCAGUAGCAAAGAAACCUUACAAUCCUAUUCUUGGCGAAACGUUUCAAUGUUUUUUUAAUUUAACUGAUGAUCAGAGUAAACGCAAAACUCCGGAACAUUUGUCAACAGAUGGUCCUAUACCAUGGGCCACAAAAGAUGAUGUCACCUUUGUAGCAGAGCAAGUUUCUCAUCACCCACCUAUAUCAGCGUUUUAUGCCGAAUGUGAAAAUAAGCGCGUCUGUUUCAACUCUCAUAUUUGGACCAAAUCAAAAUUUCUUGGAUUAUCAAUCGGUGUCCAUAUGUAUGGAACUGCGCAUUUGUUUGUUUCUGAUCACGAUGAAGAAUACAUUGUUACAUUUCCGAACGCAUAUGGAAGAUCUAUUCUCACUGUACCAUGGGUUGAGCUUGGUGGCAAGACAGAAAUUCAAUGUCCAAAAAGUGGUUAUUCCGUACAAAUAGACUUCCUUACAAAGCCAUUUUAUGGAGGAAAGAAGAAUCGAGUAACAGCUGAAGUAUUUGCACCCAACCAGAAGAAAGCAUUUAUGUCUGUGUAUGGAGAAUGGAAUGGAAUUAUGUAUGCGAAAUACGCAAACAAAAAGGAACCUGAAGUGUUUGUUGAUACGUUCAACAUGUCAAUCAUCAAAAAGAAAGUGAAAGUGGUUGGCCAACAAGAAGAGUUUGAAUCUAGAAGGUUAUGGAAAGAUGUAACAGUUAGCUUGCAAAAGAAUCUGAUCGAAAACGCCAGUGCUUCGAAACAUAAGCUUGAGGAGAAGCAACGCCAAGACGCGAGAGUAAGGAAAGAAACAAACACGAAAUGGGUGACCAGGUUAUUCGAUGAAUGGGAAGAAGGAACGGAACACAAAUAUUUUUAUAAAUGGCCGUUGUAUAAAAGACUUGGUUUACCGAAACCUGGAGCCAGCGCUCAAAGAUAACAAUUUGGCACCGUAGAUGACUUUUUAUAGCUAACAAUUUCGUUAGUAAUAUUUUUAUUUUUUUCUCACCAACAAAUUAUUUUUCUCUGAUUCCGUCUUCACCUUUUUUGAAUGAAUCUUCGGCUACCGUCAAUUCGGUCAUAGAAAUGACUCCAGAACAUUCGUGAACAUUACGAACUUGUGUUUUAAACUUGUCCAUUUUUUUUAGUUAAGUUUAAUUUUUAUAUAGUGUAAAACUAGCUUUAAUUUGGAGUUGCGAAAAAUUUACAAGAAUUAGUAUUUUUAAUAAAUCUUAUAUUUUGAGCACUUAGAGUUAUAAUUUUUUUUUAUUCACUGUGCUUUAUGAACUAUAAAAGGCUUUGCAGGGCAUUGAUUGAUUGAUGAUUGGUUGGUAAUAAGGUUAGGUUACCGUCACAUUGUACGAGUUUUUUUCCUUUGAUGCGUUAUUUAUAUAUCCACCAUUAUGUAACUUUACAUUGAAAUCAAAUAGUAUUUUCUUUAG